AUGCCGAAGAGAAAAAUAGCUCCGAAUAAGGAAAGCAGCAGGCGUACGGUCUCUCACGAUGAUUUAACCCCACAAAUACAAGAAUUUCAAAAUCUAAUGGAUCUCGAAUCGCAGAAAGUAGAGAACAUCAGACAGUCGUAUUCGAGACAAAACUCCCUGCUGGCCAAGGAUAACUCCAUACUGAAAAUCAAAGUCAAUAGCUUGGAGAAAAAAAUAAGCCAGCUGGUACAAGAAAAUGUGACUCUACGAUCUAAGACCUCUAUAAGCGAAGCUAUCUACAGGGAACGGCUAAAUAAUCAACUACAAAUCAUUGAAAAUGGUAUUAUUCAACGAUUUGACGAAAUCUUUUAUAUGUUUGAGAACGUUCGUAAAAACGAAAAUUUACCCAGUUCAAACUUAAAAUCUUUGUUGAAGAGAACAAGUUCCAGGUCAAGAUCAUGUUCAUUGUCGUCGCCCACAUACUCAAAAAGCUACACUGGACAGUCGAAUUACCAGAAUAACCCCUCGCAUGAAUCAAGUUUGAAUAAGGAUGACGGUCCGGAUCUUGAGCCCAAGGCUAAAAAAAGGAAGAGCUCUAGGCGGCAAUCCAUGUUUAUAUCCACAAGUUUAGAACCUGAAAAUGAAACCGUUGAAAAGGAGCCGAUAACGACAGAUGCUUCUGUGGAGGUAUCUGCAGGAUUACACGAGCCUACGCAAGUGGAGGAAACAAUAGAUGCAUUAAACGUUGAAGAGGAAAAUAACGAUUCUGUCAGUAAUUUUACCAAUUCAAUUAUAGAAUAUUCCAUACCAGAGGAGAAUCCUACAGAACCCGACCAUUCAUCUUCUAAACUCGAAAUAUUCAAUGAUAGCACAAACAUGCUAAACAUUGCGUCGUCAGAUCCUUUACCGCUACCUUUACCGGCUCCAUCGGCCACUUUACCUGCUACCAUUGGCGAUACUGCAGCGGUCUAUUCUUCAUCAAGUUCUUCUACCAACUCUCACCCAAAGACCAAAAUUAAGCAUUCCAUGAAGCCGCCUAGGAUAGAAUUGAAGAAGAAAGUUAUCGACGAAGUUAUGCCCGUGAGUAAUAUGAGCAGUAACAGCGAAAUAUCAUUUACGAGAACAAGAAGAACUCGUGGUAAAGCUGUAGAUUACACAUUGCCUUCAUUAAGAGCCAAAAUGAGAAGGCCCUCAGAGAAACUUGUGGAUGCUACUACUGUGAUUGAUAUACAUGAUUUACAAGUUUCCAAAAGAAAUAGGGAAACUUCACCUAAAAGGAAAAGUUUACCCCAUGAUUCAAUACCCGAUGAACCGCAACUGAGAGAAGUUGUCGUCUCAAAAGAUUAUGGAACUCCAAAAGAGACGGGAACAAAAGACGAAGUACACGACGAGACCUCUCAUCUAAUGACUACCGCCAACAACAACAGUAGCAACAGCAACCAAAAAAAUGAAAAAAAACUAAUUAGCAAUAAUAACCCCCCAAAAUCGUCGCCUUUACUUGACAUUACCAAUAAGUCUGAGAAUAAGAAAAAAUCAAUAAGAACUAAAAAAUUGUUCAAAAAUGCAAUUGUCAAUAAUUUAUCAGAUGAAAAUUCGACUGCACGACGCUCGAAGUCGUCAAAAGGAAUCAUUGAUAAUAAUACUAGUAAUAAUAACAAUUACAACAAGAAUCGCGACAGCAACGAUUCCAACUUUAGUAGUGUUAAUAAUAAAUCCGUUAGCUUUCGAUUAAAUGAAGAUGAUUUAGCAAUAUUUGACUUAUUUGGAAACGGUAAGACAGUGAAACAUCAACCAAAAACAUACCGUACCAAAAAAUGA